CGAGGUGCCGCCUUCCUCGCUCCAGAAGCGCCGCGCAGGGAAGGCUGCGCCGGGUCAACACCUCUGGCUGCCAUGCGUUGGCUAGGCCAGCCUUGCGCCCUGGCUCCGUUUUUGCCCAGGGGAGCUUUCCAGACGAUCGGCGGGCGCGUUGCUUUGAACCAAGCAGCUGGCACUGGCGGGGGCAGCCGAACGGGGGCAGUUGGGGCCGGCGGCGCUGCGCCGGGGUUCCUGCCGGGCCAGGCACAGCUCAACUGGGCAGUGGAGAGUCCGCUUCCCGGCCGAGGGCACCAGAGAAGCGGGCCCCGGCUCCUGCGCCGCCUCUUGCGGGGAUCGGGGCUGCUGGUGGGGCACCCCGCUCACUUUGCGCUCCUGGCGGCGGCUGGUGGAAGCGAGCCGCUGCGCCGCCCGUACAGUCAGCUGGAAACGCCGGCGGUGGAUCCCAAACGGCUGCGCCCCGAGGUAGGCCAGCGUGCAGCGAAGAGCGACUAUGCCGGCGGAGAGGAGAGCCGCGGCGGACCCCGCGGCAACCUCGCACCUCCCAAAACUACAGGUACAUCUCCAGAAAAUCGCACAGAUCCCAACCAGGAAAAUGGGAAGAAACCAAAUAAAUCUCAUCAGUUAAAGAAAAUUUUUAAGGAAUACGGAGCUGUUGGAGUAACAUUUCAUAUUGGGAUUUCUUUGGUAUCUCUGGGAAUGUUUUAUCUGGUUGUGUCAAGCGGAGUGGACAUGACCACUAUUCUCUUCAAGCUGGGUUUUGAUGAAGCCCUUGUGCGAUCCAAACUAGCCGCUGGAACAAGCACUUUUGUAUUGGCCUAUGCUAUUCACAAACUGUUUGCUCCUGUCCGGAUCAGCAUCACCGUAGUCUCAGUGCCCUUUCUUGUUCGCUAUUUUCGGAAGAUAGGAAUUUUCAAGCCUCCAGCUCCAAACCCAUGAAAUUAUUCCCUGGAAUUAAAAAAGGAUACUACAUCGUUUCUUCUUAGAAACAUUCGAUAGCUAAUGCACUCUGGCUUUUCUGUUUGCAAUCCUCCCGAUCUUUUUUCAAAAGAAUGGGAAUGUGCUUUGUCUUAAAUCAGUAACUACUUCGAAAAGACUAUGUUGCUCAGCUACAUUGCUUGCUUACUGAGGCGCUGAAAAAUUAUGGAUUGAGUACGCUGAUAAACAUGUCAGAUCACACCACUAGAGCCUGUUAUCUGUAUGGAGCAGGAAGACUUUUUAAACAAUGGGCCUAUUCAGAAUUGUCCCAUGGUGGAGGUUCAAGUUGAGGACUAGAAACACUUCCUAAGAACCAUUUGACAAUGAAACCAAUUUCAGGUUUCCUUUUUCUGGGAUGCUUUCAAGCAUAUUUUGAUUUCUGAACUGAAUAAAGCUGUAAACUGUAGACUAAAUGUCCUUUCAGUUCUGAUUCUAAGCCUUCUACAAACUCAUUUUAAAUCAGUUGAUUGAGUUUAGGAUGCAGAUUAGGCAUUAUACCACUAAAUUUUGUUUCCUUUCACAUAUAGGGAUUUUGUAAAUAAGUUAAAGCAAAUUUAAACGAGACUAGAAACAAAUAUGUAAGUAUGGUACUCAAUCCUAAGGAGUUAUAUUUCUUGUAUUUCAAAAGAUAGCAUUGUGGUAACUAGUUUUUAGAUGACAUGAGCUAAAGGUAGCCCUUGACUUACCACCAUAAUUGAGCCCGCGAUUUUGGUUAUAAGUUGAGAUUGUUCUAAAGCAGGUUAUCACGUAACCCAACUUGAUUUUUCAACCUUUUUUUACAGGCACCAUUGAGCAAAUGCUGCAGAUGUUAAAUGAACCCAUUGUUUUGGGGGGGUUUUCCCCCUGGAAACUGGAAAUGCUAGUUUUCAGAAAAAACAUAGUAAAUCAGUUACGUAACUUCAAAAUGCUGC